GAUUCGGAGAGGCUGAGCAUGCUGCGAGAGGUUACCGAGGAUGACCCCAGUGGCAGAUUUGCGGAUUUGAUGGAUUCUGUUGACGUUAGGUUAGAAACAGGCAAUGUGGAUCUAGAUGACAAUAGGGCUUCGAGGAUGGAGAAUAGAUAUACGGCUCUUGAUGACAAAGUUGGAUGGGUUACAAGGAACAGGAAGGUGGCAAUGCCAGAUGAGAGAGCAACAAGUGCUGAAAGGGUGACAGCCCUGGAAACAGCACUCACAGGAUUUGCCGAAAGAAAAACAGACACGGUGGUGACACCAUCGGUUGGGCUGACUUUUGACUCUAUAAUCGAGGCCUAUGAUUUUUACAAUCUUUAUUCCUGGGAGACAGGGUUUGGCAUCAGAUAUGCAAAGAGCAGAACCAAUGUCAAAGGAACGAGAUGCAUGCAGGAGUUUGUGUGUUGCUGCUCGGGCAAGCCAAAAGAGGCGAACUCAACAUCAUCACGGUGUCAAUGCCAAGCCAUGAUAAGACUCUUGCGUAUAGAUGACGAUGGCUGGUACAUCAACGAAUUCAGGUCCAGCCACAAUCACUCGAUGUUGAACACAUGUGCUGAGAAACUCCACUUCCCUUCAUAUAGGCAUAUUGACAAAUAUACGAGAGAGAUAGUAUCUCAACUUAGAGAGAAUAAUGUGAACCUGAGCAAAGUUUACAACAUUCUUGCAACUUUUUUUGGAAGGGUAGAAAACGUUCCGUUCACCAAAAGAUGCUUGAGGACACUGUGUGGGAAGCUGAGUAGGGAGCAGGCGGACGAUGAUGUACAGAAGACUAUGGCCAUCUUUUCAGAAUUGAAAGUCCAAGACGGCGAGUUUACUUACAAUGUGCAGGUAGACGAUGAAAGUAGGAUACGCACUCUCAUGUGGACAAAUGGGCGUAGCAAAAAACAAUACCAUCACUUUGGCGAUGUGGUCACAUUCGACAUAACAUACAAGACCAAUCUAUACGAUAUGCCAUUCGGAAUUUUUGUUGGCGUGAACAACCACUUCCAGAGUGUGUUGUAUGCUGGUGUGCUCAUGCGAGAUGAGAAGGUCGACACUUUCAAAUGGAUUUUUGAUGAGUUUGUGAAGAUGAUGGGAGGGAAAAGACCAAUUACAAUUUUGACAGACCAAGCCAGGGCGAUGGAAGUCGCUAUUGAGGAAAUAUAUCCAGAUGCAACACACAGAUGGUGCAAGUGGCACAUCCUGAAGAAGGCCAAAGAGAGCCUGGGGUCUAAUUACACAAAGAAGUCUGAUUUCAGGGCAGAAUUCCACAAGUUGGUCCACGAGAUGCUCACCAUCGAGGAGUUCGAGGACGGGUGGGCAGCGUUGCUUGAGAAGUACUCACUGACUAAGAACACAUACCUGACGCAAAUUUACGAAACAAGGCAGAAAUGGGCCAAACCAUAUUUUGCAGGAAAAUUCUGUGCCAGGCAAACCAGUACUGGAAGGAGUGAGAGCGCAAAUCACAUGUUGAAACAAUAUGUUCCACCUUCUUGCUCAAUGAAUCUUUUUGUCAAGCAAUAUAACAAGCUACAGUUUGACCGUGAACAAGAAGAAGGGUUCCAGGAGAAACGAACCAGGCUGAGUGGAGCUGUCUUGAAGGUCAACACCCCACUAGAAGUGCACGCUAGCAAGAUUUACACCAGGAAGAUGUUUGAGAUUUUUGGAGGAAUAUUGUAUGAAUCCGGAAGCUAUGAUGUAGAAGAGAUCAUACCAAAGCAGAAAUACAUGGUGACCCACGUCAAGGCUGAAAAGCGAGAGAAAUGGUUCAAAUGCCGAUAUGAGGUCAAUGUGCUUGAUAAUCUGGGGUAUUUCUCGUGCAUAUGCAGCCUGUUCGAGCACAUGGGUAUUGUCUGCUGUCACUCGCUGCAAGUUAGCAAGGUGGCAAUUCUACACCUAGGGAUUUCAUCUCACCUCCAAUAUCUGAAUAAGCGGGAAACUGACUACCUGGGUUUUUUUAUCAUGCAUAUGUAGCUCCCCUGCUGCUUGGGCGAUGCACCUUCUGAUAUUAUAUGUUCUUCACAGGUCAUGAAUGUGCUCCGGCUUAGGGAGAUUCCCCAUAGGAACAUCUUGAAGAGGUGGAGCAUACAUGGCAGAGAUAAUUUGCCGGAUCAUCUCAAACAUUACCAACAGGACAUGGGCCCGCCGGACGCACCCACUUAUAGACAUUCUGCUUUGUACAUCACUGCCCUGGAGGUGGUUAAAAUGGGCGACAGAAACCUAGAAGCAUGCAAAUUCAUGUUGGAUGGAUUGGUGGAUCUUAGGGAGAGAGGAGCUGAGAUUAGCGCACCAAAUGAUGGCCUAGGCAUCGUUGAGCAGCAGGUCUCGAACAAUGGAGUUGCGGGUGGUUGCAGCAAGAAAACCAAGACUUGUAAGGUGGCGUGCUCUAUAAGAAGUGUUGAAGGGAAUCACAUAACGGCCAUAGGAGAAACAUCGGUGUCGGUUCAUCCACCAGCAAACCAAGGCGAGGGGGCACCGACGUCCAAAGACAUGGCAUCAGAAGGAUCCUGUCCAAAUGCAGAUAGCUACAAUUCAGACUUUUCUGAGGCUGCAUCCAGGUUUACUGUCAAUCUGGAUGAGAGUCUGCUUGCACCA